AUGGACCUGUUCUCCGCCGCCUGCGAGAACUUCGGUCUGGUCAUCAACACCCAGAAGACGGUGAUGAUGCACCAACCGCCACCCAACUCGGCCACAGCCCCUAACGCGCCGCCGCAAAUCAGCGUGAAUGGGACCCAACUGCAAGUGGUGGAGAACUUUCCAUACCUGGGCAGUACUCUCUCCCGCAACACCAAGAUCGACGACGAAGUCGCCAACAGGAUCUAG